AUGAAACUUUUUCAACAAGAAUAUAAAUAUCAAUAUGAUUGGGGUACCGUUACGUCGGCUUUUUGGUUAAAAUAUCCCAAUAAUAUUCAAAAGCACAUACAAAAUAUCGAUGUUAUAGAUAGACAUAUAGAUACAAAAGAAAAGGUUUUAAAAAUGAAAAGAAUUAUACAUUUAAAAUAUUACGUACCAGGCUUAUUAAAGAAAUUAUUUAAUGUGGAUGGCACAGGACUAGCCAUUGAAGAAAUACUCAUAAACUUAGAAAAAAAAAACUUAACAAUAAAUACUGUUAAUUAUACUCUCAACCCAUUUGUUAAUAUAACAGAAAAAUGUGAAUAUUUUCAAAAAGAAAAUGAUCGUAAGGAAAAUAAAAAAAAUAACACACAUUAUAAACAAAGCACCACUUUAAAUAUCAAUGGCUUCGGCUAUAUGAAGAGUCUAAUAGAAAAU